AUGCUCUCCAAAGUCAUCCUCAGUGCUCUGGCAGCAUCAUCUCUCGUUGCGGCUCACGGUAAAGUGGCUGUCAUCACAGGUGAUAUGGGAGGCAAUACCACUGCUCUUGGGAUAAUGGGAGGCGUCGUUCCAGGCCCGGGCAAGAACAAGGUCACCGAAGUCGACACAACAGUCUUCAACAAAGUCAACCCCAUGAGCGACGGUCUCGGCAAAACUGCUGGCGGCGGCAAGAAUACCCUGGCAGGAAUGUCUGCUGUCAUGGCACAGUCUGGAGAAGUCCUUCCUCAAGUAUCAGAUGGCGGAUCUGUGUCUGGCACCUGGCACACUGUGACAACUGAUGGCGCUGGACCUGUUACGAUGGUCCUCGAUACCACAGGCACAGGAGCCUUCUCUCAAGGAACCAAGCUGCAAGUUACACAACAAGUACCAGGUGUGAACGGCAACAUCCGCGCACCAAAGGAUCGUCGUUUCUUCCGCCGCGUACUCAUCUCCGCUGGUAUCGUGAAGCGCGCAUCGAACGUCAACACCGAUGAGCCAGUAGCUGGCACCAUCCCAGCUGGUACCGUCUGCACCGGUAACGUUGGCGGUCAAUCCGGAGUCUGCCUCCUCAAGAUCGCCAAUACCAACGGAGCAGGGCCAUUCGGUGGUGUUCUUGCAAUUCGAAUGGCCGGUGCGGCUCAACCGGCCGCUGCGGGUGGUGUUACAGCCCCAGAUCCAUUUACUGGUGGAACAGCCAGCACUGAGGACUCCGUACAGGGCGAUGCUAGCGACAACAAGGCUGUCCAGACGGAGCCUGACACCAAGAGGUCGUUCGUUGCAGAGCAGUUCAGCGCAUAG